UACAGCUAAGGAGAACUAUGGUUGAUUUGGAGAGCGAAGUACCCCGUCUUCCCCCGAGUUAUAGAUUCAGGGACUUACUCCUCGGGGACCAGAAUUUACUAAAUGAUGACAGGGUGCAAGUCGAAUUUUAUGCCAAUGAAAGUACUUUCAAAGAGACACUUAAACUGUUCUUCAUCAAAAACCAAAGAUCAAGCCUGAGAAUACAAGUGUUUGACUUCUCCCUAAAGGUCCUGAGCUGUAUCUUAUACAUGUGUCGCGUAUUGACAGAUGACCCAUCCAAAGGACAUGGCUGGUCUCCCAUAAUGUGGGUCGAACGAAGUCUUCUAAUAUGGCCGUUACAGGUGUCUGUGGCAGUUAUCUGUCUUUUUGAAACUGUUCUAUUGACUUACCUGAGUUACAAGGGCAACAUUUGGGAGCAGAUAAUUCGGUUGACGUUUAUCCUGGAGAUGGUGAACACAGUGCCUUUCCUGCUCACCGUCAUGUGGCUCCCUCUGCGGAACCUUUUCAUCCCAGUGUUCCUGAACUGCUGGUUGGCCAAGCAUGCCUUGGAGAAUAUGAUUAAUGACCUGCAUCGUGCCAUACAGCGAACACAGUCUGCCAUCUUCAACCAGGUGCUCAUCCUCAUCUCCACCCUCUUCUGCCUCAUAUUCACUUGUAUCUGUGGAAUCCAGCACCUGGAGCGGGCGGGCAAGAACCUGACGUUGUUCGACUCCUGGUACUUCUGUGUUGUCACGUUCUCCACAGUGGGUUACGGCGACGUCACGCCCAACGUGUGGCCCUCCAAACUGCUAGUGAUCAUCAUGAUCUCAGUGGCCCUUGUGGUGCUGCCCAUUCAGUUUGAGCAGCUGGCCUACCUGUGGAUGGAGAGACAGAAGUCAGGGGGGAACUACAGCCGUCACCGGGCCCAGACGGAGAAACAUGUGGUGCUGUGUGUCAGCUCCCUCAAGAUAGACCUCCUGAUGGACUUCCUCAAUGAGUUCUAUGCCCACCCCGGGCUGCAGGACUACUACGUCAUCAUCCUGUGUCCGACAGAGAUGGACCCCCAGGUUCGUCGGGUCCUCCAGAUCCCCCUGUGGUCCCAGCGUGUCAUCUACCUCCAGGGGUCAGCCCUCAAAGACCAGGACCUCAUACGGGCCAAACUGGACAAUGCCGAGGCUUGUUUCAUCCUAAGCAGUCGUUGUGAGGUGGACCGCACUGCCGCAGACCAUCAGACAAUUCUGCGAGCUUGGGCUGUGAAGGAUUUUGCUCCAAAGUGCCCCAUUUAUGUCCAGAUUCUGAAGCCAGAGAAUAAAUUCCAUGUGAAAUUUGCAGAUCAUGUUGUGUGUGAGGAAGAAUUCAAGUAUGCCAUGUUGGCCCUGAACUGCAUCUGUCCAGCGACCUCCACCCUCAUAACCCUACUGGUCCACACUUCACAGGGCCUGGAGGGGCAGCAGUCUCCAGAGCAUUGGCACAGGACCUAUGGCAAGUGUUCCGGGAACGAGGUUUACAACAUCGCCAUGAGAGACAGCGUCUUCUUCUCGGAAUACAUGGGGAAAAGCUUCACCUACACCUCCUUCAAAUCCCAUAAGAAGUAUGGUGUGUGUCUGAUCGGGGUGUGCCGGGAGGACAGUAAGAGCAUCCUGCUGAACCCCGGGCCCCAGUUCCGAAUGAGCCCCAAUGAUACCUGCUUCUACAUCAACAUCACCAAGGAGGAGUAUUCUACCUUUAAGACCCAGAGAGAGAGGAUGGUCAGCCGGCCUCGCCUGCCAGUACCCAGUGUCAUUGCUAGCAUGGGCACUGUGGCCAUAGACCUCCAGGACGCAGGCUGCAAGCCCCACUGUGGGCCCACUCUCUGUCUCCCCCCAGAGGACUUUAAGGGUAACAGCAGGAGGCCCAGCAUCAGCCCCGUGCUAGAGGUGCCAGACACUUCCUCUCUGCACACAGGUGACCUCUAUAGCGACCAAUCAGAGGACGAGAACCUGCCCUCCGACGAGGACGUAUCAACUGAGGACUAUGUGAAAGGCUAUUCUCCCAACCUGCCUUACAUCGGGAGUUCUCCAACACUUUGCCAUCUACUGAAGGAGAAAGUACCAUACUGUUGCCUCAGACUGGAAGGGGGUUGUCAGCAUAACAACUUUGAGGACGCCAAAGUGUAUAGCUUUAAGAACAAGCUGAUCAUUGUGUCGGCUGAGACGGCGGGGAAUGGACUAUACAACUUCAUCGUCCCACUUAGAGCUUCCUACAGACUAAAGAAAGAGCUGAACCCGAUUGUGCUGCUCCUGGAUAAUCAGCCUGACACACAGUUCCUGGAGGCUAUCUGUUGGUUCCCGAUGGUGUUCUACAUGGUCGGCUCCAUUGAUAACCUGGAUGACCUCCUGCGCUGCGGUGUGUCCUUUGCGGCCAACAUGGUGGUGGUGGACAAGGAGAGCACCAUGAGUGCAGAGGAGGACUACAUGGCUGACGCCAAAACCAUCGUCAAUGUGCAGACACUGUUCAGGUUGUUUUCUAGUCUCAGUAUCAUCACGGAGCUAACCCACCCAGCCAACAUGAGGUUUAUGCAAUUCAGAGCUAAGGACUGGUACUCUCUGGCUCUCUCUAAACUGGAGAAGAAAGAGCGGGAGAAAGGCUCCAACCUGGCUUUCAUGUUCCGCCUGCCAUUUGCUGCCGGGAGGGUCUUCAGUAUCGGCAUGCUGGACACUCUCCUCUACCAGUCGUUUGUCAAAGACUAUAUUAUCUCCAUCACCAGGCUGCUGCUUGGCCUGGACACCACCCCGGGCUCUGGCUUCCUCUGCUCUAUGCAGAUCUCCGAGGAUGACCUUUGGAUCCAGACGUAUGGAAGGCUCUAUCAGAAACUGUGUUCCACCGUCGGUGACAUUCCCAUCGGCAUCUACAGGACAGAAUCCCAGAUGGCUGAUUCCUCCGAGUCACAGCUCUCGAUAUGUGUCGAGGACUUUGACGACGCCAAGGAGCAGACCGACAUAGAGCUCCCCCCUGUGGCCGGAGGGCUCCACCGCAGCUCCACCUCCAGCGACCCAUCGGACGGGAAGGCCCCCCUGCUGAGGAGGAAGAGCAUGCAGUGGGCACGAAAGCUGAGCUGGAGAGGCCCACGGGGAAACCAGAGGGGGGCUCAGAGGGUGGCCCAACAGGGUCUGAGGGCCAGACGCUCGGAGAGACAGGAGCUGGCUGAGCUGGUCAACAACCGAAUGAAGAGCCUGGGACUCUCUGCCACGGCUUACGAUGACAUGAGCGAGAACCAGAGCACUCAUUCCCACACAUAUGUGUUGAUCAACCCACCUCCUGACACCAAACUGGAACUGAAUGACAUAGUGUAUAUCAUCCGUUCAGAUCCCGUGGGGUAUGUCCCUAAGGCUGGUGACAGCAGGGAGAGUCUGGGAAGCAACACCUGUCUUGCCCAUCUUCCAAGGAGCAUCUUCCAGAGUGACAACAGUAGGAGACGGGGACGGGCAUUUUUGGACAAUCAGAGCCUUUCGAGCAUGCCGCGGAAAGACCCAACACCCUUCCUAAGAAGGCCUGGUUCCAACAGUGUUAAACGGCGAACAAAGGCAUUAAAACGUAAAUAAAUGAAUGAUUUCUUACUCCAAACGGACGGCUGUUUGUGUGCAAAGUAUAUGAUUUACUGUGAGAGUUGUUCCUAAAAUGUAUCAAUGAUAAGUGUCUCCCUAUCUCCCUCUCAAUCUCCUUUGUAAUAAGCUGCCGUAUGUUGUCAGUCCACUAGGGACCUUUUUCUAAUGUAUUAAGUGUGUAUGUUUAUCCUGUGUUAACGAGAUGAUAUCUAAGCUUGCACCCACUACAAGACCUUGGUACUUGCCUAAGGAGCAGCAAGAGGAACUGCCGCUCCCUACCUUCAUGCAAUGCUCAAACCCUACAGUAGUAGGAGGGCUGCUCCCAGUGUUGUUAUAUUGAACACUUCUUCCACACUUACAGUUCCCUAGUAAUGAUAACCAGUUUGAACGAACAGUCAGGCUUUUGGAAAGAAUGAACCAGCGUGUCCCUGAUUGUGUGCGCCUGUCUGUAUGAAAACAGAGCGGAAUUUUCCACCAGAGGCUAGAGCCUCGAUACUGUUUGUGAAAGUCCAGUAUUUCAGGAUUGCACUUUUGAUUUCGUUUGAACGAUGAUUGAAGUCUGUUAUAAAGCACAGCCGUGACAUGCUGUCCUUUUCGGGCUUUUGAGCUAUAAGUGACAAUCUCCCACCAUAAUAAUAGUCUUUUAUCGCUUGCAGGGUUGAUAAUUUAUGAUAUAUAUUUUCAAUCCUCUAGGAUUUUGCCUGUGCUUAUUCCAUUUAUUUUUAUCCUAAAAAACACUCCCUAGUCUUUCGCGAUGCCAAGCAUACAGGGCGGGAGGUGGUUAGAGUGUUGGACUAGUAACUGAAAGGUUGCAAAA